AUGCCGGACCCUCUGCGCAUUGCAAUUGUGGGUGGAAGCGUUGGAGGCUGCACUCUGGCGCUUGGUCUUCUGAAGCAUCCUCACAUUCAAUUCGAUGUCUUCGAAAGAUCCACCUUUCGAGAGCGUGGCGCAGGCAUUCUCAUCUACCCCAAUGGCAUGAAUGCUCUGCGAGCGCUUGGAGUGGAUGGGGAUCAAAUGAUGAAAGACGCCGGCGCAUUUCGUUCCGCGUACCAAAAUGCAGUCGUGGCAUACGGAGAACACAAAGACAAAAUCCUCUGGGAAACUUCCGAUGGCGUGCAAUCGGUCAUCCGGACGAAUUUGCUGGAACAAAUGUUGCAGAGGCUGCCCGCGGAACGCUUACAUGAACACAAGCUACUGGUGUCGAUAGAAGAAGGAGCGAGUCUGACAUUGCACUUCGCAGAUGGCAGCUCGUAUGAAGCAGACGCUGUGGUCGGUUGUGAUGGCAUUCGUUCAACGAUCAGAGGAAUCAUUCUUGGUCCGCAGCAUCCAGCAGUGCCACCUGUCAAUACUGGAUUCUGGGAUGCGCGCGCCGUGGUCAGUUCUGAGAAAGGGUUGGCGAGCUUUGGUAGUACCGUCAUAAAGCCGGAGAGUCCUCGGCAGGGCUAUCGGUGUGGUGAAGGAAGCAUCAUCCUCUUCGUCUCUGGUCCUCCCGGAAGCAUGGCUGCAGCGAUUGUGGGUGGCAAAACGGGCCCCGGCGACGAACAUAUCACAGAAUGGAAGACGCCGAUCACUCGAGAGUUUCUGGAAAGGAAGUAUGCCAAAUGGGGCAACCAAGAGUAUCUCGAGGGCGUCUUUGAAUGCCUACUGACCCCAGGAGCGGGCCCGGGAGUGUUGUUCCAGCAAUGGGAAAGUCAACCGGCGCCGACAUAUUGGAGAGGCCGAAUCUGUAUGAUGGGUGAUGCGGCCCACGCAACGACUCCUUGGAUGGGUCAAGGAUUCAGUAUGGUCGCCGAAGAUGCUGCUGUCUUGACCGGCUUGCUGGGGAAUGUGCGGGCAAAGGAGGAAGUGGAGUAUGCCUUUGAAGCAUACGACAAGACGCGUCGCGGUGGUAGGCCGACGUUUGUGGUGGAGAAUUCCCGCUUGAUUGCAGAGAUCGCUUGUGGCAGCCAGGGGUUUGAUCCUGCAACCAUCGCCUCGAACCGGAUAGUAGAGAAGUACCGGUGGGUGUGGGAUGGCGAUGUGGAGAAGGAAGUGAGCGGGGCCGUCGACUAUUUCGAAGCGCUGAAGCGUAGUUGA